UGUAAAAGCGCUCUCGAACGGCUCCGUUAAAUUGAAUGGAGCAUAAGGAACUCAGUGAAUCUGUUCUCACAAGCAUUAAAAAAAUUGCCGGUACUGUCAGUUGGCUGUGAAGAGCAAAGAGAAUAUAACCACUACGUUGUGAAGAGUGUGAAUGUGAAGUGUCAAACGUUAUAGCCGUGCGCUCAAGACGCGUUUGCAUGCAUAUACGCAAUAUAUAGCGCCAUUUGUAAUAUGUGGGAGCUUGACCCCGAGUCGUUGAUAUUAGAGGUCGAAUCUCGACCUAUACUUUAUGUAAAACCAUUGCCCGAGUACGCCAACAAGUCCCUAAAAAAUGACGCUUGGGAGGAAGUAGCGCAGGCAUUAUCUUGUGACUGGGAAUCACUUUCACCAGCAGAGGAAAAUAAAAGAUGCAAAGAAGUACAAAGCAAAUGGAAACAUAUUAGAGACAACUUCCGGCGCGAGUACCAAGCCCAGAAUAAUAUUACAUCUGGUCACCAAGGCGCAAAAAAAAGGAAAAGGUAUAGGUAUUAUGACCAGUUAUUAUUUUUAAUUCCUUAUGUCAAGGAUGCCCCCACACCAGGGAAAUACAAGGUGCAAAUUGAUAAUGAUAAUACAGAGCAGAUUGUUUUAAAAGGAGAAACAGAAAAAACAAAAGCUAUUCCUAGGGUGGACAAAAAUAUAAAAAAAGAAAAAAGUACAUUUGAAUAUGAAAUUUUUAAAAUGAUGAAAGAAGAAAUGGCAACAGUUGAUGAAGAUAGAACAUUCUGCAUAUCCUUGGUCCCAUCUUUAAAAAAAAUGGAUGACGAUAAAAAAAUUGCUGCUAAAAUAGAUAUAUUAAAAAUAAUUCAACAGUAUUCUGGAUAGGUACUUAGAGCAGAUCUCACAAGUGAAAAAAAGAACAUUUAAAUAUGAAAUUUUAAACAUGAUGAAAGAAGACAUGGCAACAUAUCCUUGGUCCCAUCGUUAAAAAUAUCGGAUGACGAUAAAAAAAAUGCAGCUCAAGUGGAAAAUCAGUACAUACAAUACAGCUACGUCAUCUAAUCCCAAUAGCCCUUGCAUCCGAGGCCCUUCGACUGAAGCGGUACCUUAUCGAGGUCACUGAAACUGCAGCCUGUUAAGAGGCCUCACAGUACUAUUCAUUAUUAGUAGUAGUUUAUUAGUAAGCAUUAAUUUUAUAAAAUAAUGUUUUUA